AGUCAACAGUCCACGCCUGUUACACCUCUAGGUGCAUGCAGCGAGACCGUCUUCUUGUAGUGUUAUACAAGAAUCGUGCCAGACAGUUUGCGACGUAUUCAUUAUUUCUUCAACACAAAGAAUUUGUGAACACGUGCUCUGGGUGUUCAGAGUUCCCACACGUUCGUGCCAAAAUGGAUAGAAGAUACUGACUGACAACAGUUUUUCCAAGUUUAAGCAAAUAGUUGGGCGAAUACGCUUUGACAUCAGCAGGUGCUGGAGAUCUUUCUUACGAUGUCCGAGAGCAAGAUUGAUUGGAAACUGGUGAACUAGAGCUGCAACGGUGCGAUCAUAGCAGAUGGCCUCAAAAUGGACGAGAUAUGGCGUUACAGAACAGGUGACAUGCUAAAAGUUCUGUACGUAUUGUGUUUGGUGUCGACUUUGAGGGCUUCAAAACUGAACUGUGAAAGUGAGAUUGAUAGGGAAUUAAAACGAUAUGUUGAUAGUGUCUUGAGUAUCGAUAAAUAUUCCAUUUUGCCGGGAAUUGGAAUCGAACGAGUGGCUAAUCUUAGCAUCAAAAAUGAGAAAAACGAUGAAACGUGCGUGAGUUCAAGGAGUUUUGGAAGUAUUCAAGAGUACGUCAAAAAAAAGUUGGAGGAGUACAGCCAGACUCAUGUGCUUUCGGUGGACAUUCCGGUCACGGCCCGGUUUUUCCAAACUGCGGCUACAACAUCAGAUGACAGCGGCGGCAGAAAUUCGUUCAUGGCCGGUUUCGGUAUGGGCUUUUUAGCUUUUGCCUUGAAAAAACUCCUUUUGCCGGUUUUUAUCGGGGCUCAGUUGGUGAAAUCGGUGAUGAUCGCAAUGUUCCUGCCAUCAAUUCUCGGAGGUUUAGGAAAGGUACUUGGAAAGGGAUUAUCGACGUUUUCGGGAAUCUCUGGGGCGUCAGCGGGAAUCAACAACAACCACGGACAAGUUGAAGAUUUCGAAUUUAAAGAUACUGAUCCUUACAACAAUGACGGAACAGUCCAGGAUUUCAACGCUGAGGGAACCGAUAAUGGCAACUUGGGAAUCACUGUGGUGGGCUCCACAACGCCGUCAACAGCUAACAGCAGGUUUGGAAUCGGCCACAACCGGAUUUCCUUCCAAAACGACAACUACUACAUGCGAAAGCCCAACAAGAAGACUGACUAUAAGGUGUUCCACAAAAUUCCGUCUUCUUCGCUUCUUCUCACAAGUUAUGAUCCUUUCUACAGCCCUCUUCUUUCGCGUCUCGAUGCCGUUUUCCAGCAAUUAGGCCUCGGUGACGAUAAAUCACCGGAAAUCGAAAAAUGUCGCGAGAGACUUGUCUGCAUGAUGUACGCGAAUCCAGCGAAAUACGCCCCAUAUAGUAACCUCGUUUCAGCACAGCUGAGCAGGGAGCUAAACGAGUUGCGGAAGCCGGCUUCGGACAAUCCGGAUAUUCUCAGGUUCUUCCGGUAUAUGAAAGCGGCAAAAGAUGGCCAAGAUGGAGAGGAAUGUCUGGCACAUAAAGGGUGCUCGACCUUAUCUACCAGUCAAGCUAGUCCAGCUAUUCUUACUACGUACAAUGAAAUUAACAAAUUGGUGCAAGCCAGAAAGAUCAAUUGAGUGAUUUUGUAUCUUAGUCAUAUUGAUAUUUUAAGCCUAAUUUAUUUAUUUAUUUAAUUUAUUGACAUUUUUUCUGUUGUAGUUGCUCAAUCCGUACACUAUCUAUUUAUUUACUUAUUUAUUUUAUUUAUUUAUUUAUGUGUCUGUUGUAAAUUAUUUUUCCGAAAAAAUUUUUACAUAUAAUAAAUAGUUUCUGAAUUUG